AGCAGUGAACGUUUCGUGGCUGGUUCAUUUGGCCACGCGUACCGUAAAAUUAAAAAAAAAAGUCGCUUCUCUUGGUUUUGAGUCGAAAACUGCCGAGUUUCGUGGUAGGAACGGGACGAGAAUCGCGAACUGAUAUCACAGCAGGCCGCAAUGGAGAAGAUUUCUGGCAUCACGUACAAGCUGGAUGUUGACAGCCAGGAAAACAUGGAGGACUUUCUGUACGCCUACGGCAUCCACGACCUGGAGGUGAUCCGGAACGCGGUGACAAUGGACUCGACGUUCAUGCUGAUGGUGGAGGGCGACCGCUUCACGCAGACCUCCCAGACGGGCGACUGGAAGGAGUCCUUCUCGUACCGGCUGGGCGAGCCCUUCGACCAGGUGUCGUAUAACGGUGUCAAGAUCCGCAGCGUCAUCACGGCAGUGGGCCCUACGACGCACUGCCACGUCCAGGACUACGAGGACGGCUUGCAGAUGAAAAUAGAGAAGUGCUUCAGCCCCGAGAAGCUCGUCCUGACUCUCACCCUCAAGGAUAUCGUCGCAAGGCGAGAAUACCUCGCUGUGAAUAAGUGACAUCCAGUUACUACAAUCUCAAGAACCUCUUGAAAUUGAAUUUUCUUGAAGACAUUUUAAGUUUUAAAAGCAGUAGGGAGUCCAACACGGCUACUAUGACGUGGCGUGGUGUGAUUUGCUCACAAAGUCAAUGUGAUCUGUGCAAUGUGAUUGCAUCUCAACGUCUGUUGUUGUUAUGGGUUACACUAAGAAUGCUAAUCGGCAAGUGAGGUGAUCCACUCGAAGAUUAGUGCCUAAGCGCCUGAAAGGAAGAACUGAACAUUAAUGGGCGGCGUACAGCUUCGGUUUUUCAUCUAUGGAGCUACCUUCGUUUAUCCAUUGUAAUUCGUUGUGCUCGACAUCUGCAAUGACACAACAGCGUACACAACUGUUUCAUCUGAGAGCCAGAACAACUGAUGCGACAUAGACUCUAGACUAAAAAUGUGUAGUAUGUCGAACAGUCAUCAAAUAAUAAGUACUCGAUAAUGUUAAUCGACUGUGAAUGCUUAGUCUAACGUAAACUAAAAAAAGUACGGGGACAUUUGAACGAGGCUAUAGGAGUGCAAUAACACUGUCAUACUGUGUAUACUCAGGCUCGCUGUGGUGAAAGUGGAACAGGAACUACCUCUGGUUCCGACGGCUUUGAACAAGAGAUGCAAUCAAAGUAAACGUCAUCACUGAAACGAAAUUAAUUGAGUUACAACGUACUACUAUACGAAAUUAAACUAGGUGUAUUGGUUUACUACAUGAGCUAUCACAAACCAGUUGAUAACUUCACUGAAAAUACUCUCUGUAAUGCGUGUUAUUACAGUAUGAAUAGAAUGCUUCUAUGACACUUAUUGACAAUCACCAUUAAUAAACAGUGUACUAACAGUCAGUAGAAAUAUUACUUUUGACUGACGUUAACUCGACUAAUUACGUUGAAGAGUUCCUAAUCUAUUAGUACAGAUACUUCACCUAAGUGGAUAAAAUAAAGUUGCAAGUAAAUUAUUAAAACUGGAGUUCAACAACAGAAAAUUUGAUAUUGUUAAUUACGUUGUAUGCUGUUGGUAGCAUAAAUAUUUUCUGCAAAGUUCCUUUAAUGCAUAGUAUUUGUUACAUUCAGUAUCUGUUAAUGGAAAUUAAAAUGAAUAAUAUUAAAUUUCAUUUCUUGGAAAUUUCUUUUCGUGGAAGGCACGCUCUGGUUAACUUGUUCCUUAUAUCCUCGACAAUCAAUCCUAUCCAGUUUUUAACAUAGUUGUAACGGUUAUUACUUGUUUGAUAGCUACAUAUUUUAAUGUCUAUUUGCAUUUGUGUGUGAUAUGAUUGGAAUUUCGUCAAAAGCGCCUUAAAUUUUCUAUUUUUAACCUGUUUGACCCACAAUUGUGUAUCUCAUAAUUUUAUCGUUUCAAGCUGUAAUCUGCCGCGCUACACUAAUGGAAUAUGUCAUUUACGAAUUCUACAUUUGUGUUUCAAUUUGAAAAAAGGAAACAACAGUGUGUUAAUAUCACAACUGUGUUUUAUCAGAAUAAAGUAUGUAGAUAUUCCAGUAA